AUGUUGAUUAACAAGAGGAUACAAAUACUUUUGUCAACGGUUAUAAUUAUGGUGUUUGUAAUAUGGGUAUUUGACAGUGUAAUGAUUGACAAGGAAUGGCGCCUUUACAUGCCUGAACUCAAGGAAAUUGAUGGAAGUAAAGAAAAGGAUGAAAACGUCGUUGUUAUUACUCCUUUAAACUACAAGGAUGAGACAAAAAAGGAAAUCAUGAAAACCUAUUGGACUUCUUUCCAUACUACUCUAGCAAACUAUCCAAGCUUGCCUACUCUAUAUGAAAGAAAUACAUUAAUCCGUUAUGUGAUUUCAUCAGCUUCUUUGUUCCCUUGCGGUGAAUGCUCUGUUGUUUCGCAGAAAUUACUACGGAAGUACCCUCCUCAGGUUGGGUCUCGUAAAUCAGCGAUGUCUUGGGGAUGCAAACUGCAUGGGAAAUUCAACGAAGAGUUCAACCUAACGGUCCCAACCUGUGAUGACAUUGCAGCUUCAUAUAUCAUAGGAUCUGAAGACUCCAAACAAGUUGCGAAUCAGAACGACAGCGAGCGGUCCAUGGAAUAUGCCAUACAGGAGCAUGGACCGGACAGAUCCGGAUAA